AUGGUCCCGUUGGACCUUUUCCUGACUGAUCCUCUUUGGUGGAGCGAACACCUGACUCCUGUAUUCACCGCUAUCUCCUCCGCCCUAGACAUCCCUGACUCCUGGAGAGAAGCUAUAAUAGUUCCGAUCUUCAAAGGCGGCCAGCCAAACAUCCCUAGGAACUAUCGCCCCAUCAGCUUAUUAUCCAUCCCGGGGAAAAUAUUUGCCGCUGUUUUACUGGAGGAACUUCUCUCAUGGGUCCAGGAGAGGAACAUUCUACCGCUAGAACAGAUUGGUUUCCGAAAGUCAGCGUCAACCAUGGACCAUUGUCUAACUCUCUAUCACCUUGCCAGUAAAUACACUGCUCCAAGGCAAGGCCACCUAUUUGCCGCUUUCAUGGACCUGGAGGCCGCCUUUGAUUCCAUUCCUAGGCAGAGAUUAUGGUCCAAACUUGCCCAUCUGGGAAUUGAUCCGCACCUCCUCUCCCUAAUUAUCUCCCUUUAUUCAAACACCACAGCUCGCGUCCGAACUGGUCCUAACGGCUCCCCACUACUCCAUUUCCAACGGCCAAGGGCGUCCGACAAGGUUGUCUCUUGGCCCCUUUACUGUUUAAUCUCUAUCUUCAUGAUGCAAUUUCCACUUUGA